AGGGACCACACAGCCUCAAGUUCUCCAGCUCACUCACACAACUCCACGAAAGACACCCACAUGACGGCAGGAGAUCAACCCAUACCAAACGAUCAUGAUGUUGAUGCCACCAUCACAGACUUGCAUGCUGCUCUAGAAAGCACAUUUCUCAGAUCUGUCUUCGUGGCCACUGAGAGAAAGCCAUUGGAUGAUAAUCUGCGCGGAUCUGGAGGACACUGAAUGGGAGUAAAUAGACAAGAGGCGUAAGAAACAAACGGGGGAGCGACUCAUUCAGCAGCACCGUGCUUUUCUUUGAGUGUAACGUUUCGAGUCCACACCAGGAUUCUGUUUCGUUGUAGACAGCACAUUGUGCACGGAAGGAUCUGGAUUUAGCGGAGGGAGAGUCGGAAAGCUCCGUUUUAUUGAGCCAUGAAGAAGAACAGUUCAACAAAGCGGGGCUCUCAGGAAGCCAAUCAACAGCCCGUGCAGCCUGACAAAACUGGCUGGAUUCGCAAGUUCUGUGGCAAAGGAAUUUUCAGGGAAAUUUGGAAAAACAGAUUUGUUUUACUGAAAGGAGACCAACUCUACAUAUCUGAAAAAGAGUUGCUUGGAGGCAUGGACGAGUUACAUGACAUGCCCUCAUCCUCGAAAACCAUGAACAAAACUACACAACGUAAAAGAAAAUAUGAUCCAGACUACAAUAUAAGGGUCAAAGAUGAGAAGAAAAUCCAGGAGGUGGUGGAUCUCACCGACUACGAGAGGUCUGAGGAACUUCGCAAGGCCAAAAGCAGGAGCAAAAAGAACCACAGCAAGUUCACGCUUCUGCGUUCACGGCAGCCAGGCAACACGGUUCCGAAUCUGGUGUUUUUGGCCGUCAGUCCAGAAGAGAAGGAGUCAUGGAUCAAUGCUUUAAAUGCAGCGAUCACCAGGGCCAAGAAUCGCAUAUUGGAUGAGGUGACGGUGGAAGAGGAUAGCUUGUUGGCCCAUCCGACGCGUGACAGAGCUAAGAUACCUCACACACGCCGUCUGCCCACCCGCGGGCACCUCAUGGCUGUGGCUUCUACCACAAACUCGGACGGCAUGCUGACACUUGACCUCAUCCAGGAAGAAGACGUCCUUCCAGAGCAGGGUCAGGACUCUCUUGAGGAUACCCUCGAUAAAGCCGCUUCUCAGCAUACCCUAGAUUCCCAGCGCUCCAACCCAGACACCUUGAAGCUCUCAACAUGUAACGAGACCCCCGGAAAGUCCCAGAGUCUGCCGCGGAAGAGCGAGAGCGCCUUUGACUGGUCGGAAAACCAUCGGACGCCGCAACUCCGCAAAAAACCGCCUACAUCCGAGAAGAACCGCUGCGCUUCCAUGGACGAGAUCCUCACGCACUGCGAGACGCGGGCCCUUCCACACUGCUCGACUUCAGCGCCAGUGCAGCCCAUCAGCCAGCUCCAGGACCUCAUCACCCAGAAGCUGGAGAGAACUCAAGAACUGCUGACAGAGGUGCGGGCACAGGGCAAGGGGAAGGGAUCGCCGGCUGGAAAGAGCUCCGGCCCAGAGGUUCAACGGAUAGAGGCGGAGCGGCUUCUGGAGGAAGCAGCGUCCACUUGGGGUCAGGCUCGUGACGUACUGGAAGAAGUGAAAGAACUCAGAGCUUUAUACAAGCAGCUUGACUCCGCCCCACUCAGUCCUUCACAGAACGGCAAACUAAACAGCCCUCAAGCAAACCACCGGAAAAGCAUGAUGUGAGGACACAGAAAGUCCUCUAACGGUUUAAUGGCGUCGUUUUUCAAUGGACUCUUCCUGUUGACUGCUUUAGUAUCGCUGGAAUCAAAUAACAUGAGCUAUACGUCUAUGUAUGAAUUGUUAAAGAGCUUCCACUCCCUAAUAUCAGCGUCAGAGCAAAAGUACAAGGGACCGGUGGUUUUACCAAACUCGAGCUGUUGCGCUAUGCCCUGCAGUUUCAUUUUUCACAGUGAUGUCAACAGGGAUAGUAAAACCAAGGAGUCACCAAGCGGUCUCGAGACAGGCUGAAGAAGCACCAGAUGGCGGUGAUGUUGUUGUCAUCACUAGGCUAUCACAAUGUGAAUGUUACACUGGAGGA